UACAGCAACAGGUGUAAUCUGCAACGUUUGUAGCUCUCAUGUUUUUUAAAGCUGAAAUAAUUUUCUUACUUAGCUAGCCAUCUUAUAGAUAAUUAACAGUCUACGGUUUCGACAGUUGUGAUGACAGAUCCUGUUUUUAGAGAAUAUUUUCUUAAACAUUCACUUUCUCAGAUUUUUAAGGCCUUACUGUCUAGCUUAUGUGUCUCUUGCCCUGAAGAUGCCUUGCACUUUAUUGAAAGGAAACUUCUGGCAAUUCAGGAAAACCAGGCCCUUGAGAUUGGCUGGCACAAUUGUUUUGAUGAUGUUCAACCAAUCACAGUGUCCUUGCUGGCAACGAGCGUGGUGCAUGAUAUUUUUGGAAGCACAGAUGACAUGUUUCAGUUACAUUUGUUAGAGAAAGCCUACUCAUAUUAUCAAAAAAUUUUGACCAAUAUGUGCUUCAUAGGCUGGAGGCAGUAUAUUUCAAAGAGGAAAGCAGAUGCUGCCAGGCUGCUGUUCCUGACUCAUUCAGCCAAGAGACAUUAUGUUGUGCAGAGCACAAGGUUCAUCUUUACCAGCUGGGCAGAGUGGGUACAUGUUCGCAAGCACAAGCAAUCCGAUGCAGUGAAGAAAAUACAGCGGGUGUGGAAUGCUGUCCUGUGUAAGAUCAUCAUCACAGCAUGGCGCUAUGUAGUGCAAGAUGCAAAACGAACAAAGGAGUACUUUGAGAGAAUGGAGAAAGACAUACUGGACACUCAUGGUCAACACACAGAUCUUCCUCAAGCAGAUGGACAGGAUAGACUGUCUCUGCUGCCCUGGAAACUCUCAGCUAAGAUCUUUCAGAAUUUGGGUGUGGGAGACCUCCUAAAAUGUACUCAGGUCUGUCGUGCAUGGAUGGCCAUUGCUCAGACUUGCUCUCUGUGGAGCCAGAUUAAUUUCUCAGAUGAGAGACAAUGGAUUACUAACAAGACUGUGGCGAGAAUACUGCAGAAGUAUCGUCCUUUUAUCACCCACCUGAACAUGAGUGGCUGUAGUACACUGCACCAUGCAAGUUUUAGAUGUGUCAGUGAAUGCAAAAAUCUGCAGGAGCUGAAUUUGAGUGAAUGUACUAACAUCAAUGAUGAAAUGAUGCGGCUCAUCCUAGAGGCAUGUCCAUCUCUUCUCAUUCUUAAUUUGUCUUACACUAAUAUCACCAAUGGCACUUUGCGAUCAAUGUCCAGGUGCUCUCUGACGCUCCAGUCCCUCAGUCUGGCUUACUGCAAGAACUUCACAGAUAAAGGUCUGCAGCUCCUGAGCACAGGAAGAGGCUGCAAUGGGCUCACCCACCUUGACCUUUCAGGCUGUACUCAGAUAUCAGUGGAUGGUUUCAGACACAUAGCUGAAAGCUGCAGUCUGCUUGAACACAUUGUGCUUGAUGAUAUGCCCUCACUGUCUGAUGCCUGUAUCCAGGCGCUGACCUCUAAGUGUCACUACCUGGCUGUGAUCUCUGUCUUGGACACACCGUAUUUGUCAGACACGGCCUUCAAAGCCAUCGCUGAGGUUGCCAACCUGACUAAGUUAAAAAUAGAAGGUAAUGUCUGUGUGUCAGACAGUGGCUGGAAAGCUCUGUGCAGGGCUUCCCCUCACCUGACUGUGCUGCACGCGCCAGGCUGCACUCGCAUGACUGAUACCAGCAUGAAGUAUAUAGGCAGUCUGAGGAACCUCCACAUCCUUCACCUUGCAGACAUUGCCAAACUGAGUGAUACUGGAAUCCGUUACAUUGCUGAAGGACCAAGUGCCUCUAAACUACGAGAGCUCGAUUUAUCCAACUGCCACCAAGUCAAUGACUUGUCCAUCAUGAGGCUUGCUCAGAGAUGCAGCAAACUGAACAAGCUGACUGUGUGUUACUGUGAGUAUCUGACGGAUAGCAGCUUUGAGUGGCUCAGUGGGUGCCCCUCACUCAUCACUCUGGACAUCACAGGCUGCAGCAUCCAAGAUAAGGGUCUGAUUGCGCUGGGUGCAGUCUGCACUUUGAGAAAGCUGAUUGCUGCAGAAUGCAUAUGGAUAACAGAUAAUGGAAUAGAGAAAUUUUGCAGACAGGCACAGGAUCUGGAGCUUAUUGAUGUGUGUCACUGCCUGAGUUUAUCUGAUCAAUCUGUCAAGUUUUUGUCCUUCUACUGCAGAAAAAUCAUCACACUCCGAAUGGCUGGAUGCCUCAAAAUGACAGACAUGGCACUGCAGUAUCUCACAGGAGCAUGUCACUAUGUGAGAGAGUUGGACCUGAGUGGCUGCAUUCUCCUGACUGACUGCACCCCUCGCUUGCUGCACCGUGGUUGCCCUCAGCUUACCACCAUCAGCAUGUUCUACUGCAGAAAUAUCUCCAGACAGGCAGCCCUGAGGCUUCAGCCGCGUGUGCGGCACUGGGAGCACAGCUGUGACGACAUACCCUGCUCGUAUGGCUACGAUAGUCAGGGGAGGCUGCUACAGCCCACCAAGAAGCCCGACAGGCUGGAGAGCCACUGGGAGGAUGAGGAGGACGUUAGCAGCAGUGCCAGAGAAACCACUGCUGAAACCUGAACUCAGCUAGUGCUCAUCACACGCAUUGGCGUGCUGAAGCAAAAUGUCUAACCUUGUAUCUAGUAUGUAUGUAAUAUGUAGUGUGUUUCAUACAAUCACUCUUUCUUUGAUGCAGAUUAAUAUUAUUUUCACUAAUUAUACUUGUACUGCUACAGUAAUGUGAUGCUAUAUAAUCCUACAAUACCAAACACUGAAUGUGUAACUACCUAAAUUACAUCUGAAUAAAUAAGUCCAAAAGUGUUAUAUAGUUGAACCUUAGAACCAUGACUUUUGUGGAUGUAGCUUUCAGGUAUUUGAUUAGUUGUGAAUUUGCUAUCAAUGAAUAAAUUAGAAUUUUUUGGGGCA